AGCAGGUUCUUCUUUUCUUUGCUUCUUCUUCUCUGCUCCGCACCAUGUGCAAGUUCCAUCUUGCAGCCUGAAUGCUUGUAUUUCCAUUCGCAUUAAAAUCUCUCCCCCCACAAUUUAGCCGUUUCGUUGGGGUGCGUUUUUUCUUCUCAGAACUCUCUCUUCUAAUUUUGCUUUCACCCGGUAAGUUUUAGAGAAAAUCAAACACAGAAACUGAGAGAAUGGAGAGCAUUUUGGAGCCCCAGAUGUCCUCUAAUGAAAAUUAUCAUAAGGAAGAUGAGGGUAAUGUGGAGCUGGAAUCUGACCAUUUUGGGUGCAUGCAUUAUAGACGGAGAUGCAAGAUCAGAGCACCUUGUUGCGAUGAGAUAUUCGAUUGUAGGCAUUGCCAUAACGAAUCUAAGAAUUCAAUGGAAGUCGAUCCUUUCGAUCGCCACGACGUUCCUCGCCAUGAUUUGAAAAGGGUAAUCUGCUCCUUGUGUGGUACAGAGCAAGAUGUUCAACAGAAGUGCAUUCAAUGUGGGGUUUGCAUGGGGAAAUACUUUUGUGACAAAUGCAAGUUCUUUGAUGACGAUGUUUCAAAGAAGCAAUACCAUUGUGAUGAAUGUGGUAUAUGCAGAACUGGAGGCAAGGAGAACUUUUUCCACUGUAAUACAUGUGGAUGUUGCUAUCCAACAAUGUUGAAAGAUUCACACAGUUGUGUUGAAAAAGCAAUGCACCACAAUUGCCCGGUUUGCUUUGAGUUUCUGUUUGAUACCAUGAAAGACAUUACGGUUUUGCGUUGUGGACACACCAUACAUUUGGAAUGUGUGAAAGAGAUGGAACGGCAUUACCAGUACUCAUGCCCUGUUUGCUCAAAAUCCUAUUGUGAUAUGUCUCGCGUGUGGGAAAAACUUGAUCAGGAGGUUGCAUCAACACCUAUGCCUCAGAUGUAUCAAAAUAAGAUGGUUUGGAUCCUCUGCAACGACUGUGGGAAAACAUCUGAGGUGAAUUUCCACAUUUUGGCGCACAAGUGCUUAGAAUGCAAAUCCUACAACACAAGGCGGACGCGAGGAGGGCCUGCUUCAUGCUCAUCAAGGAUUGCUGAGAUGGCGAGAUGACAGACUUAUUGGUAGGUGAUCAGAGGUAUCUCUACCUCAAGAUUCAUGCUCAACAGUCUCAUUGGGGGAAGAGUGGGAGUAUUCACUUUCUCUUCUCUUCUUUUCUUUCUAUGUUCACUACCUCUGAAAUAUUUGCUCUGGUGAGCUGCUUAUUUGUUGGUUGAGGUAGUAAAUUAUCAUUUCGGAGGACAAAAUAUGUUGAAGGUGAAAUAACAAGAGUGGAAUAACUUCUUUCUCAACCAUAAAGGAAGAGACUUCUCAGCCAUUGUGAGGCUGCAAUGGGUCCUGCAUUCAACUCAGCAUACUGCAAUUAAGUCAAUCAAUAUAGUAUAGACUAUAGAGGUAUUGCGAUUGA